AAAUUAUCCAAAAAAGUUUAAUCUAUUUUCACAGAUGGCCUAUUCAUUUGAUUUUGGGGCUCAAGUCACUAGAAUUUGCAUGAAUGAAAUUCGAAGACGAGGCCUAGAUGAACGCAAAAUAUUACGCAAGUCAGCUCCCAACAGCAUCUUACUUUUGAAGGUAUUCCGUCAACAAAACUGUACAGCGGACGAUCUCAUACCAGUUAGUAUUCAUUCUGUUGCCACAUUGAUGCAAGAUACUCUUUGGUGCUGUCAAGAACGAAUCGUCCCAAAGAAAGUUUGGAGGAUCAUCAACUAUGAAACUUGUACUCUACCUGAUCUUUCCAAAGUCCUUACCAAGAAAGGUGAAGCAUUACUGAUUGAAAUUCUGGACUUUUUAGUGGAAUUGAUGCAACACAAAGCAAACAAUUUAAUGGAUGCUUAUCAUUUAGGUGAAGCUAUGGGUAAAGUGACUCUAGGACCAGCAGAUUGUGACCCUAUCAUUGCCGAAAAAGCAGGCCAUUUCAUGACCCGGAUGAUUAUUGAACACUCAAAAUGGUUGACACAAAAUAAACGCCCACCUCUGGAUCGCCAACUGUCACCUUAUCAACGUUACUCUGCACCUGUCAUUCUUUCACCAACAAAUUCACCUAAAACAUCACCUGACAUAUCAAAUGGAAAUCAAGAUGAUAGCUUAUUACAACCCAUGUCAAAAGCUGAAGCAGCAAAAGCAAAAGCCAAAUCUUACAACCGUCUUAUUCAACGUAUCAAGAAAUGUAAUGAGGAUUGGGUGGAUUAUGCCAAUGUUGGACUUCGUGCCAUGAUAGAUGAUGAUUACGAAUUGGUGCCUGUACCGAAAGAUGAACCCUGGAUCUCCAUUUUUGCUCCUGAAUUAGACCCAAAAGAUGCCAAUACUUCCCCAUUACUAUAUCGUAUUAUGUCCCAAGCUACUAAAGUCGAACCACCUGUGCCAUCUGAUCCAUUUGCUUCCUCUUAUUGGUUCCAACAUCGUCAUAGUCAUCCUUUGUUGCAAACAAAUCAAAAAGGAGGUCCUGCAUUUUCUGAAUUUGCACCAUUGAUUCAAUCCAACACUCAACUUCAAAAUUAUAACAAAAACAACGCAUCAGCACCUUCAGUUCAAUGGCAAGAAAAGGAGAAAUCGGCCAAGUCUCAUUUACAAAAAAUCAAUCACUCUUUGUCCAAUAUGAAAAUCAACCUUCGAAAACGAAGUACGUUCCCUUCUAUGGAUGAAGGUAGUGGAUUUAGUACAAGUGAAAAUACGACGAUCAGGGACGACUAUACAAUCAACGAAAAUGAUUCUGCUAUUCAACAUCAUUCAUCAUUACAACAGUCAUCAUUGCAGAAACGGCAACAAGAAAAGGAACAACGUUCAAAUGAGCCAUCAUCGCAGCAACAAAUAACAGAAUCAGAAACAAAACUAACAGAACAAGACUCAAAACAACAAGAACAACCAUCAUCUCCGCGAUCCUAUCAAACUCAACAAAGAUCACCCUCUCUUCCCGACGACAAUAGUACUAGAGAAGUAUCAUCAUUGGCAACUGUCAGUAAACAUAAUCAAGUCAAAAAUAUCAUGCGUCGAGUCAUCAAGAUUGGAAACACCAACUCCGGGUCCUCUUCUAUCAAGAAAAAUUACGCCCAUAUUGUGUAUUAGUUUAUAGUCUACUUUCAUCCCCCCCGUCUCUUUCAUCUUUUUUUUUUUUCACC